AUUAAAUAUGCAGGAAAUUGAAGCCAAGAAACAAUUAAAAGCUAGUGAAGGAGCUCAUUUUUUUUACACAUUGAUAUUCCUUUCAGCCUCUGGGAUAAUAGAGACUUAAUUUAUUGAACAAAAAUGCAAUCAAAAUUUGUAAUUAUUUGUCCAUUUGGUAUUCUAUGGAUUAAUUAUCUGGGGUACUUACAUUUUAAUUACAUUAAUACCACGGUAUUUCAAUACAAGCUAAAUUGAAUUAGAUAUAAAAAUGCAGCAAUCAACUUAUUUUUCAAUUUUCUUGAUAUAUGUUUUGGGAUAUACAUAGGAUUAUUAUUGAUUUAUGGAGGACGUAUGUACAUGACAUCUAAUGACUGUUAAUUGGAAGCUCCUGUAUUAUAUUUUUUUUUGGAAACAUUUCUGUUGGUACUAUUUAAUUUCAAAUUUUUAGGUUAACGGCAUCAUAUUUGCGAUAUUGCUUUUGGCAUUUUUGUCAUAUAUCUUAAAACGAUUUUCUAAAUAAUAAUAAGUUUAUGAUGAAGGCAAAAAUGAAUUUUAUGAUGCAUGA